UUCUGUUUUAAGGAGCCUCUGGAUUUUGCGGCUUUGGAUGAGGCUGGCCGGGACAGUGUUUAUGGAGGAGGCAACCAAAAAAGGAGAGCAGCAGGCCCUGAAGCUGGCAGCAGCCAUCCGAGGAGGGGAUGAGAAAACUGCCCAGCGGUGUGCCCUCUGGCUGGCGGAACAACGAAUCCCGCUCGCGGUGCAGGUGAAGAAGGAGGUUGACCCCCAGCAAGACAUCAGACUGUGGGUGGGCGUGGAAGAUGCCCACAUGAGCACCGUUCCCAUCUUCCUGAAAGUCCGACCUUGCAUGACCUUGGCGUCCCUCAAAGACAUGGUCUUCCUCCACUAUGGUUUCCCUCCCAGCGUUCAGCAGUGGGUGGUGGGCCAGAGGCUGCCUCGAGACCACGAGACCCUUCAGUACCACGGCAUCCAGAGGGACGGCGACGUGGCUUACCUCUACCUCCGGUCUGCCAAGGCAGCCAAGCUCCGCAAAGACACCUUCCAACGGGAGUUGGAGCGCAGGCAGCUGGAAGAGUUAGGCAUUGAGGAGAGUUCCCUGUUGCCACGGGGCUCUGCGGAAACAGCUCCCGCCCCUACUCCAAGAGUCCCUUCAGCGGUCUUGGAUGCUGACGAGCACAUGGAAGAUCCAGCUGCGCCGCUCCCUGCCCACAUCCCGAAGGCGGGUUGGGAGUGCCCGAUCUGCACUUUCGUCAACAAGCCCACCUGGCCAGGCUGCGAGAUGUGCUGCACCGAGAGGCCCGAGGAUUAUGUCAUGCCGGACGGCUAUCAGCCGGACAAAGAGGAGGUGGUGCGGCUGCAGAAGGAGGAGGACGCCUUGCGGCAGUACGAGCAGGCCAAAGAGAAGCGGAAACGCGACAACUACCAGCAGCUCCUGCAGCUGGAUGGGCAGAGCCUGGUGCUGUCUGAGGCUGCGGUGGAUUGCCCCAUCUGUUUUGGGACCUUGGAGCCCGGGGAGGGUGUGACCCUGCGCGAGUGCCUGCACUCCUUCUGCAAGGACUGCUUGAAAGGGACCAUCCUCAACAGUCAAGAGCCGGAAGUCCGUUGCCCCUACAUCGACCAGAAGUACUCCUGCCCAGGGCAGCUGCUGGAACGGGAGAUCAAAGCGCUCCUGAGCCCGGCAGAAUACCAGCGCUUCCUGGACUUGGGCAUCUCGGUGGCAGAGAAUCGUAGCCGCUGCAGCUACCACUGCAAGACGACAGACUGCCGGGGCUGGUGCUUCUUCGAGGACGACGUGAACGAGUUUCCGUGCCCCGUGUGUCUGAAAGUGAACUGUCUCCUUUGCAAGGCAAUUCACGAAAACAUGAACUGCAAAGAGUACCAAGACGAUCUCAAAAUCCGCGCCGAGAACGACCAGGCAGCCCGGCAGACCACAGAGAUGUUAAUGAAAAUGGUGGAGAAAGGGGACGCCAUGUACUGCCCAGUCUGCCAGAUCAUUAUCCAGAAGAAAGACGGCUGCGAUUGGAUCCUGUGCACGAUGUGUCGCACUGAGAUCUGCUGGGUGACCAAAGGCCCACGCUGGGGGCCAGCGGGCUCUGGUGAUACCAGCGGGGGCUGCCGUUGCAGGCUGAAUGGAGCCGCGUGUCACCCCAAUUGCCACAACUGUCAUUGAGCGCGAGGGAAAAAGAGACCGCUGAACUCCAGGCUACCUAGCUUGGUGGGACAAAGGCCGGCUCAGACCUCUGGGCUCACCCCCAUCGAAGCCUUAAGAGACGGCAGCAGAGUCCUUCUCUGUGGACGGACGGAUUUCAAGCAUUUCAGCUCAGGAGGGAGGCUCCGGGAGGCUCGCUUCCGCCUUGAGGGAUGUCGCGCUCCGGUUGCAACGAAAGCUUCUCGUGACAGCUGGCUCGAAAGGAGGCUGGGGCUUCUGGCUUCUUCCCCCUCCUCACCUAAGCAGCAUUAUGUUUUGCAUCGCUUCAAGCCCUGGCAACUGAGAGUGCGGAGGGCUGGACGGUCGGCUGUGGCUCCAGUACGGAGAUUUGGCCUCACCCUACGCCGUGCGUUAAGCAUCAGCCUUCUUGGUUCCGGCUUCACUACAGAACACGCUGGCCCCACCCAGAUCUUUCCACGUUUUCUUCGAAUAAACGGGUAUUGCGUCA